UUCACUCCCCCCUCCCCUCUCUACAAAAUCUAAAAAAUAACAAUUCCAAUUCAUUUCAAACUCACUCUUUCUCACAAUGUCCGACCCGGUACUCCAACCCCAACCUGACUAUUCCCCCAGUACGCCGCCCCCAACGGAGGCUCCGCCACCGCUGCCCAACUUUGCCGCCUCCUUCACUAUCUGGCCUCCCACACAACGCACUCGCGAAGCCGUCAUCAACCGCUUGAUCGAAACCUUUACCACUCCCUCCGUCCUUUCCAAACGCUACGGCACAUUGUCCCUUGACGAAGCCUCCGUCGCCGCAAGCCAGAUCGAGGCCGAGUCCUUCUCCGUCGCCGAUGCUUCCGCUUCCCCCGACGACGAGAGCAUUCAGAUCCUCGAGGUAUACUCGAAAGAGAUCAGUAAGCGCAUGAUCGAAACGGUUAAAACUAGAUCUCGUCUCGCCGAUGACAGUUAUGAUGCCUCCGUCACUGCUUCCCCCGCCGGAGACUCGAUCGCUGUUUCCGAGUCUUGAUUGAUCACACUGUUCAUUUUAGCAUUUUAGCGUUUGAUCGUUACAGGAUUUGUAUUUCUGUUAUGAUUUGAUUCUGAUGAUGCUGAUAUUCGUUUAUCUGAAUUUUGUAGAAUUGGAGAAAUCAGAGGAUGUAGAGUUAUACUCUUGAGUAUAUUCAGUUUGUGUGAGAUACGGUAUCUGUUCUUUUGUUGUAACUUUGAUAGCUUUUCUUGUGCCAUUGUGCUUAUUGUGUUCUACAUUUGUUGCAUUCAAAUCAAAUUGUAUGCUAAGUGUAAUCCAUUUGUUCAUUCAUAAUGUGAUGAUUUACCUUUGAUGUGA